AUGGCGAAUACUCCACCAUGGCCCGCGUCUGACGACGAGAUCAUCCCACAGGCCCUCUACGUCAAGGCCCAAGACCAUCAAAACGAACUCACGGAUGGUGAACGCCUACUCCUCCUCACCCGUGGAGAUGUCGUGGGCAAAGCGCUUGCCCAUCCUGACAGCCUUACCCCGGAAGAAAUUCACCAAGCUCUCCUAUGGCCUCCACCGGACGUGGUUCGGGUCAACAUUCAACGCGCGACUGGCGGGAAGCUCAGCACCCCCAGUGAGCUCUACGCCAAGGGUAAAGAUGCGAUGGCUCAAGGCGAGUUUAGGAAGUUGUUGAAUGAACAUGAGAUUUCACUUUUGGGGCGCUACUUUCACGCCAUGGACGACACAACCUUUUGCGACGUAACCAUGUCGGAGAAACUCAGCGAACCGGGCGUUGCGCAGGCAGUAGAGCUUAUAUCGAGUCGCCUGGGGCUGGAGUUCGCCAUCUUCCAUGCUGCGUUGCUCUACCGAGCGGACCAGAUGUACCGCCCAAUGAGAGACACGGUGGCGCAACUUGGUCUCAGUUCAGUGCAAGCACAAGGACGUGGUCAGAAACAAAUCCCCGCCGACAUCGUCACGGCCAUGGCGUCUCUGGAAGAACAAUUGCAGCCCGGUAAACUGAGCGUCGAAGAGGUUGCAGCUCGCAAUGAAGAAUACGUUGCCGCUCUGCGAGCCACCGCCCCGGCUUCGUUAUUUCUUCCUUCCUACGUCCUUCCAACAUCGCCGCCGAUCACAACUCCUCCAUCGCAGGCUGACCUGUUCGGGGCCGGUCCCUGGCCGCCCACCGUUACACCCAGCGCCCCAAUCAAUAUGUUCGCCAACGCCACAGAUCUUUCAGGUUACAGCAUCCAACCUGGAUGGUCUGCUCUUCCCAAUGAUCAGAAGGAAGUCUACCGCACCCGAUCCGAAAAGCGACGUCAGGAAGCUUGGGCAGUAUACAAAAAUGCUCAGGUCGUCGAGCCCACGUCAUCUACUUCUGUGCCGAGCAGAGACAGCAGCGGCCACCAGCGGAAGACGUAA